AUGCUAGUACCGGUGCUCAGCUUCUUCCUUCUUCAGCUUUUCUUCAGCCCAAAUCUUGCUGAUGAUACAGUGGCAGAGGACAUCGGACCUCACCAGCUGGAGCGCCUGGUGGAGCUCCUGACAGCUCAUGAGUGCGAGAAGCUCAUUUCUGCCCUAUCUCAACCUGAGGAGAGCAUCUUUCAACACUUAGACCGACUAUCUGCAGAAAGGAACCAGUUACUGCAUUCAAGAAGACGCAGAAACACAGACCAGCAGGCCCCCUGUCGCUCAGCGCUUAAGGAUUGGCUGCAGACUCACGGCAAGCAGAUAUACUACGACAGGCUGUCUCGUGCACUGCAGCAGAUCGGCAGGACUGACAUUGCCAUAGAGGUGGGCAAGAACAUCAACCAGGAAAAAACUCUUGCUAUGCAGAGAUACGUGGACGGCUACCAUGAACUUGUUAACCAAAUGGCCACUCACCAGGAGACGCAUGCAUCAGAAGAUCGUGAAGACCACGAAGAGGUGCUGCAUUACUCUGCAAAACAAGCUAAAGGGUUCACCUGGAAAGACGUGGACUUGGUGUUGAAAAGGCAACCAGUACCACCUUAUCAGCCCCAUCUGCUACACAGAGUAUGGCCUCUACUUUAUGGCCUCCUGCUUGGGUUUGCAGGCACAUUACUCACAAGCGUAGCCUUCCUGCUUAUUAGCAUAUAUGUAUCCCAUGGCAACAGAACCAAAUCCAAGGCCGAGUAUCAACCCCGUCGCUGUCCCCUUCUCAGCGUUGUGACAUCAGAGAUACGCCACUCAGAGGACACACGCAGACCGAGAAAUGGAUGUUCGGAACACUAAUGAAGCCAUGUUCAUCAGUAUGAAACUUAAUAUUAAAUGUGCCUUUGAUGGCUGAUUAUGACCCAUGAUACUUGCCUCGAAGUGUCUCUUAUCUCAUCCAGUGUGUGCUAUUAAAACUACAGUUAGACAGCCGCACACGUCGACACCUUCAGUUCCCAGCGCUUCUCAUAAAGACGUUUCUGCAAUAAAGCACCUGACAGAACAUAAUGACAGCAAUCUGUUACCUCCAUCGAGACCGCUGCCAUUGUCCUGUCAGUGUUUUGAUGGGAAUGUAGGGGAGGCUGCGCUGGAAUGCAGCCUGGCUGCUGUUGCCUUGACAAUCUUAGCACUUCCUGUUUCCAGUCCGCGACAGUGGCGGCGAGCUCGUCUGGCAUUGAGGAAAAACUAAUUAUCCAGCUUGGCUCCUUCUCCCCUGAGCUUGCACAUACCCCCUGAAGCAAUCCACAAGGCUAAUAACAAUGACAAUGCUUGCAGACAAUGCAGUCUGUACGUCAACCUCAGAGAGACAGGAUAGACUGGGCGAGGAUGGCAAUGAAAGCGCACGGGAGAGAGCGCUGAAAGGUUUGG